AUGGCACAGUCCACCGCCGUCCUCCACUUCAGCGGCCACCAAUGGCUCAGAAAUCGUCUAGUCCUCUCAAUCAUCAGCGGCAAGCCCGUAAAGGUGGACAAAAUCAGGCCAGACGACAAGAAUCCGGGCUUGAGAGACUAUGAAGUCAGCUUGCUGCGACUGCUGGAACGCAUAACAAACGGGACCAUUAUUGAGAUAUCGGUCACAGGUACCGCAAUCCUUCUCAAACCCGGCGUGAUCGCAGGAGGGCCGGUGCUGCACGACUGCCCCACUUCCCGCUCAAUAGGGUACUUCCUGGAACCCGUAAUCAUGCUCGCACCGUUCUCCAAGAAGCCUCUCCAGCUCACGCUGCGCGGAAUCACAUCCGACGACCAGGACCUCUCAGUGGAUCUCAUCCGCACGGUGACUCUACCUCACCUACAACUCUUUGGCGUAUCUGAUGGGCUGGAGCUGCGGAUCAAAAAACGCGGCAGUCCACCGCUCGGCGGUGGUGAGGUGCAGUUCCUAUGCCCCGUCGUCAAGCAGGUCAAGACUCUCAACUUUGUUGAACGCGGCAAGGUCAAGCGGAUACGAGGGAUCUCGCAUGCCGUGCGUGUCAACCCGCAGUUCUCUAACCGCAUGAUCGAGGCCUCGCGGUCAGUUCUCAACCGCUACAUUCCCGACAUCUAUCUCUACUCCGACGUCUACAAAGGCGAGGACAGCGGAAAGUCACCAGGUUACGGCCUUAGUAUCCUCGCUGAGUCCACGACGGGCGCAAUGCACUGCGCAGAGGCGCUCUCACAGCCGGGCGUCGCACCAGAGGAUACCGCGCUCCUCGCAUCACGCGCACUGCUCGCCGAGGUACGCCGCGGCGGCUGCAUCGACCGUCAACAUCAAGUGUUUGUACUGCUCAUGAUGGUGCUCGGGAGUGAGGACGUCGGGCGGUGCCUUAUGGGCGAGCCCACGCCACGGACCAUACAGUUCCUGCGGGAUGUACAGACGUGCUUCGGGACGACGUUCAAGGUCACACCGGUCGAGUCGGACGAUGCCUCGGGUCCGGAGCUGAUAUUCGCAUGUCUGGGUAUUGGCUACGUAAACGCCAACAGGUCGCUUGCAUGA